AUGAACGGCAAAGAGAAUUCCGCGCCCGUAGAAACAGACGACCAGAGAGCCGAGGUUAUCUCUCUAACUGAAGACCGCAAACCUCACAAAAUGCAAGCAAAGGAAGAGACAUGUUGGAGCCUCGAUGAUUUCGAUGUCGGUCGGCCGCUUGGAAAGGGAAAAUUCGGCAACGUCUUCAUUUCUCGUGAGAAGAAAACAAAAAGGAUCAUCGCGCUGAAAGUGCUCUUCAAAUCCCAGCUCCUUCAGCUCGGUGUCAGUCAUCAGUUGAAGCGAGAAAUCGAAAUCCAGUAUCAUUUGCGUCACCCGAACAUUCUCACGCUCUACGGAUACUUCCACGAUGACAAGCGUGUGUUCGUCAUACUCGACUACGCCAGCCGAGGAGAGCUGUUCAAUGUCCUCCAGGCGCAACAGGGACACAAAGUUUCCGAGGUCAUUGCGGCCAGAUUCGUUCGACAACUCGCCAACGCAUUGAAGUACUGCCACUCGAAAGGAGUCAUUCACAGAGACAUCAAGCCAGAAAAUCUUCUCCUCGACUCGAAGCUCAAUCUUAAGCUCGCUGACUUUGGAUGGUCAGUGGUCGCGGAUCACUCAAAACGACACACCCUCUGUGGAACGAUGGACUACCUGGCCCCGGAGAUGGUUUCGAAUCAACCGCACGAUUUCAAUGUCGACAUCUGGGCCAUUGGAAUUCUCCUGUUUGAGAUGCUCGUCGGAUUCGCUCCAUUCGCCAACCAGACUGGAGACAAGUUGAUCGCCAGAAUCAAGGAGUGCAAAAUCUAUAUCCCAAGCACAGUGAGUGACGGAGCGGGCAGCUUGAUAAACGCGAUAAUCAAGAAAGAGCCCAGCGAGCGGCUUCCUCUGAACGACAUUAUGGCUCACUCAUGGAUCAAGGAAAUGCAAGAAAACGAAGAGAUCGAAGUUCAAAAGUUCCUUCAAACGCUCACCAAGACGUCGUCCCGUAACAAUUCGAGCAGUAACCAAUAA